CUAAACCCCAUCACUCCCCAAACUCUCUCUCUUCAAGUCUGUCUGCAACCCAUUUGUGGGGUUUUCAAUGCCCCAUCAGAUGACCGCCUCUCCACUUUCAAAUCCUACUUUCCUUUUCCCUGCGUUCUAACUCCCAUCUUCCCAUUUUGCUUCCCCCCUCCCUCCUCCCUCCUCCCUCCUCCCUCUCAUGGCGAAUCGCGUCUACCAACUCUGGAAAGGAAGUAAUGUCGCUGCUUGUGACAAUAUUGCUGAUUACAGUUCCAGUUAUCAUCUUUUGUGCAUUUGUUGCAAGACAUCUUCGACACAAGUUUUCAUCAUAUAAUGCAGGAUAUGCCAUUUUGGUGGUCGCAGUUGUUUUUUCUAUAUAUGUGCUGGUUCUUCUUUUCCUUACUUCAGCCCGGGACCCAGGAAUUAUUCCUCGCAACUCGCAUCCUCCAGAGGAUGAAAUCCGUUUUGAGUCUUCAGUAUCAGCUGACGUUGGGGGAAGGCAAACUCCAAGCUACCAGUUUCCUAAGACAAAAGAAGUUAUUGUAAAUGGGUUCCCAGUAAGAGUAAAGUAUUGUGACACGUGUAUGCUAUAUCGUCCUCCACGUUGCUCCCAUUGCUCUAUUUGCAACAAUUGUGUGGAACACUUCGAUCAUCACUGCCCUUGGGUGGGGCAAUGUAUUGGACUGCGGAACUAUCGUUACUUCUUUAUGUUUGUAUCUUCAUCAACACUUCUUUGCAUGUACGUGUUUGCAAUGUCAGCAUUAUAUAUCAAGGUUCUGAUGGAUCAAUAUGAGAGCACGGUUUGGAAGGCAAUGAAAGAAUCACCUGCGUCAGUGGUAUUAAUGGCCUACUGCUUUGUCUCUCUUUGGUUUGUUGGUGGGCUAACUGGCUUCCAUUUGUAUCUUAUUGCCACAAAUCAGACAACCUACGAAAAUUUUCGGUAUAGAGGUGACAAUAGGGUCAAUAUUUUCAACCGGGGUUGUGUGAAUAAUUUUCUUGAAGUAUUUUGCUCAAAAGUAAAGCCAUCAAGGAACAAUUUUCGGGCUUUUGUUCAAGAGGAGGCGCCAAGGCCUCAAGUUCUUCCUCAGUUGCCCCGUCUUGCAGCAGAUGAUUUGGCUUCACAUCCACGUUCGAAGGUUGAAGACGAUCUCGACAUAGGUGAAGACUUAUUGAAGAUCUCCCAACGCCGUAACAUCGAUGAAAUCUCAGAGGACAUACGCAGCAGAGGGAGUAAUGUGCCACCCCUUAAUGUUCCAGAGACGGAGCCUGUUAUAGAGUCUGAUCAUCAUCAAGCAGCAACAAUUCGGUCAGAUAAUCGGCAUUCAAGUUGGGGAAGAAGAAGCGGUAGCUGGGAAAUUGCAACGGAGGUGUUUGCAAACUCGAAUGUGACAGAAAGCCGAAGUUACGUAGCGUCGAAGGAAGCAUUUCAGUGAGGAGAUUUGGAAGCAUUGAAUGGAUGGAUGUUUGAUUGAGCGGGAAGGAAUGACCAUUGUUUUUGUGGCGUCCAAGGAGGAUAUGGCAAAGGUGCAGGAUUGAAAAACAUAAUGUGGCGGGGAAACAAAAUGAUGAUCCAUCCCAUUUAGGUACAAAAUUAUAUAACUCUCUCUCUCUCUCUCUCUCUCUGUCUUGUUCUUAUGUGUUUUUUUACCUUUCUGUUCUGUUUUGUUUAUGGUUGAAGAUCUGGAUGUAGUAAUGUCUGUGGGAAAGGUAGAAUUGAUAUUGGUUGUAAUUGUUUGGAAUGAGUAGUAGUAGUUGUAGUGAUUUGGGCAGUGUCAUACUUUCUUUUUCUUUCAUCUUUUUUAACUGUGCUAUUUUUACAACAUUCUAUUCCAUUCUAUUCGAGCACUCUCUAUUCAAUU